UUUCGGAGCCAUCUCCGAUCAGCUGAUACUUUCCGCGCGUUUGUUUUUCAACUGACCCCCGGAAAUCGGCGAUUCAGCACGGGGGGUGGAGGGAGGGGAGAUGGAGCUCCGAACGGGACGCAUCGUUGUUGGACAAUACAAAUUGUCAGCGUCAUUCACUUGACGAUCGGUCGGCUCGGUGCCCGACGUGCGAACACUGGUACAGCAGUAGUCUCCGAGGAAACUUGUCUGAUACGAGCGAGCGAGCGAGCGAGCGCCGUUACUCCUCUUCCUCAUCGCGGCCGACGGAACCGCGUCACGUCAGCUCCUCGUCGUACGCAAGAUGACUGUCCGGUGUACCGUUGGUUAUUUUCUGAGCAUAGAUUGAGCCACGAUUCAGCCAGGCAUAAGUCGCAAUGGACAGCAUGACAGGAAUAAUUUAUGCAAUAUGUCGGGGAUUUAUAGACAGUUUGAAGGGUACCGUUGUUCUUUUCUACAUGGAUAAGCAAAUUAACGAGAAACUGGUCGGAAGAUCUCCCAGCCGAGCAGAACUCAGGAAGAGAGAUUUAGUUAUGCAGACCCCUUCCAAGCAUAAGCAACGGGAGUCUAUGGUGUUGAUGAGAACCAUACAAUGCUGCGCAUUAAACGGUGGAGUGUUCUGGGCUAGUAUACUGAUAUUUGAUUUUGGACUUUUACCAUUUGUUAAGUACUUACUGACUAUUAUAUUCGGCCAUUCUCCUGGCAUGGGCCUCAGCGUAUGGUCAUGGAUCCAGCCAUUUCUAUCCAUUACAUUUGGGACAAUAUGGGUGCUGCCACUGUUCUUACUCAGUAGAAUAGUUAACAGUUUGUGGUUUCAGGAUAUAGCAGACAGCGCUUACAGAUACAGACAGGGAAGACCAAUGCUUCUGUCGAGCGUAAGCAAGUUGAUAGCUGACACGCUUUUUAGCGUAUUAGUUCAAGCGUUAUUCUUGGGACAAGGAGUGCUGGUGUCUAAAGUUCCACUACCGCCGUUAGGGGAUAUUCUUGCCCUUGUCCACAUGUGCCUUUUAUAUGCUCUCUAUGCCUUUGAAUACAAGUGGUUCAACAUGGGUUGGGAGUUGCAUAGACGAUUGACUUUUAUUGAAGGCAAUUGGCCAUACUUUCUAGGCUUCGGUAUGCCAUUAGCAGUACUUACCCAACUGCCCAACUCGUACUUUGUAAGUGGCUGUGUUUUUUCCAUUUUGUUUCCACUGUUUAUUAUAAGUGGAAACGAAGCAGAACCCGUGACUGGAGUAUGUGAUUUCCAGCUGAAAUUAUUUUCGCCAGUAAUUGCAAUUGCAAAUACAUUAUUUAAUAAAACCAUUGGACGGGCCAAUAAGCGGUGAUAGUGAAAACAAAAUGAAUAAAUUGCCUAAUUUAUACCAUUUGCAUAUUAGGACAUACAAUUUACCAAUUUGUUACAGAAAAGCUCAUAUACAAUAGUAAUAAUUAUAUAAAAUAAUAGUUAAAAAAAUAUUUGGAUAUCUAUUGUUCGCUCUUGCAGGAAAUGAUUUUAUUAUUUAAACGGAUUACAAAAUGUUCAGGACAAAUGCAAAAGCUAGAUUUAUUUUUUGACAUUAAACAAGAUGAUAAAGUAAAACUAUACAUUUUUUAUAUUUUUUUUCUAUCGACCUUUACGAAAUGUGAAAAGAAUAUUUAAUUAUUCUUUAAUUGGAAUGUAAGACCAAUCAGUACAAAUAUUUAUUUAUGUACAUACAUAUAAUAAUGCACACAUAUAGCUUAUUUGUCAUGUGAUUUCCUGUAUUUAAUAAUAUCAGCGGUAUACAGGCGAUAUACAAAAUACUGAAUAUACUUCUCAAUUUUUAUGAGACUUCAUAUUUUGAGCUUUUUAUGCUGUAGCUAGUCAUUUUUCAAUAUCGAUUUGAGAUCUCCAAUCGGCGCUGUGCUAUAAACGUAUACCUAUUAUAAAUAUGUGCUGUAAAAAUAAUACAAUGUAUGGCAGUUGAUAGAUCCGAUCUAGUGAUGAUAUAACCUUUAUAUAGAGUAGUUGAAAUAUAUUACUCCUAAUUCCUAAACAUUAAGAUAAUCCUAAAUAACAUAGUACUACCUAACAUGAUUUUUAUAUUCUUCCUUAAGAGUGUUGUAUUUGAAAAAUUUUUUAAUUUAACAAUACUUUAUAUUAUACAUAAAGCGCCAACAGAAACAUCUCGAUCAAUUGAAUCUGUUGAUUCCAAUUAUGUAUUGUGCCAUACAUAUCAUUUAUACAGGGGAAUCAUUCAAAAAAAGAAUCAUAAAAACGAACGAAAAAUAUCAUAAUUGUAUGAUAAAUAUUACUAAUAAUAUACAUAUAAUACAUAAGAAUAUUUCAAUUUUUGUAUAUGGUUAGGAAAAUGCAAAUGGUUAUUACAUUUGUCGUGUAUAUCGAUAUUAUCGAUCAUUUUAUACACUAUAACUUAAAUAAAUAUAAUAAACUUAUUGAAUUGAAAA